UUAAUCGUACUAUAUAUACAAUUUAUCAUUGAGUUAGAAAAGUUGAAAUUGAAUCUGAAAGUGGUUUCUAUUCGAUCGGUUUUAUGGUCCCACAAGAAUAAUUCACAAGAAUUUCUAACGAACUAUAAACUAACUAUAUUUCCAAAGGAAAAACAAAAUAAAAUGACCAAAGAGAAACAAACAUAAGUUAGAAAAUGUUAAAUUUAUAAAAGAGGAAUGCAAACGUUACGUGCAUGCAAGAGCAUUCAAUUUACUACAAGUUACUUGCAUAACAGGAAAAAAUUAUUAAAUCUACGCAAUUAUUAAAUCUACGUCAUCUGAUAAAUAAAGAAUAAACCGUUAUACAUAAUUCGGAUUUCAUGAUUCAAAUGCGAUAAUUCUUUGAACUUGAAACCCACAGGACGCUUCAAUUCGAAAAAGUCGCUCUAUGAAGAAGAAGCGUUUUCAUUUUAAUGAAUACAAAGCUGAUCAAAAUUUGUCCUAGUAGAAGAAACGGGAGGAUUGUUGAUCGUUUCUGACUACAUCCUCGAUCAGCUAAAUUACCAAACAGCCUAAACGGAAAGUUUAAUAGGUCAAACGGUGGCGUGGUACGAAAUGUGUUAAGAAAUAUAACGGUAAUAAACAAAUGCCAUCCUCAUCAUAUCGCUUACAUCGUCCUUCGAUAUGCAAGAAAGUCGGCAUGUGUGAAGACGAGAAAACUGAACGACGAGCGGGUCCGAUCGAAAUGGCAGUUUCCGAGCACGUGGAGAACGGAAAAAGGAAUGAUGACAAAACAUCAGUUACGGAUGAAGAAGUAUAUAUUUCUAAACUUCGACAAGCAAUACCACAAUGUUGCGCAGUUGGCGCUAAAAAUUUACUCCUGAUUACUUUCGGUACAACCUUGGGAUUCUCAACUAUCCUUAUCCCGGCGUUACAAAAGAUGGAUCAAUAUCCUCUUCCAGGCAGCCUGAACUUAUUUCUCGUGCCGAUCGGCUGCUUAGCGAGUGGACCGGUGUCACAGUAUUUGGGUAGAAAACGAACAAUGAUGCUGGCAAAUAUACCGUUCGUCGUGGCCUGGCUGAUAUAUUAUUACUCCAACAAUCCCGGGAUGUUGCUUGCAGCGCUCGCGAUAACGGGCCUGACAGGAGGCCUUCUCGAAGGUCCAGUUAUAACUUAUGUCGCCGAGGUGACGCAACCCUAUCUGCGAGGGAUGCUCUCUGCGACUUCCUCGAUGGCGGUGAUCCUGGGGAUCUUCACGCAAAUGUUGAGCGGCAGUUUGGUCCACUGGAGAACGGUGGCGCUAAUCAAUCUGAUUUAUCCGAUUCUGUGUUUUCUCGCUUUAUGCUUGGUGCCCGAGAGUCCACACUGGCUCGCCGUUAAGGGUCGUCUCAAGGAAUCAGAACACGCUCUCUGCUGGUUGCGGGGUUGGGUAAACCCGUCUUACGUGCAUAAUGAAUUUGGAGCGCUUUGCGAGGCAAUUCAGAAGCCGACCGAUAAUACCGGCUCUGAAAAGGAAAAGAUUUGGCAAGCCUACACGGAUCGAACUUUCUACCAGCCUUUCUUUUUGGUCAGCGCAGCAUUCUUUAUCAGUAACUUCGGCGGCUGCACGACCCUGCAGACUUUCGCUGUUAUAAUAUUCGCGAAAUUAAACGCACCAAUCGACAAAUACACUGCCACGGUAUUCCUGGGCAUAGCCCAGUUAAUAGGCAUUACAAUAUGCGUGCUGACGAUCCACCUUAUGGGAAAACGCAAGCUGUCCUUCCUUUCGGUCGGCGGUACCGGAUUAUGCUUCCUCACUACUGCUAUCUAUGGUUAUUUAAACAAUGCGGAUUAUUUGGACGGGAUUAAAUACAGCUGGAUACCUACUACCUUCAUGAUAGGCGGUGCUUUCACGGCAAACAUUUGCAUCAGGACGCUGCCUUGGAUUCUCGCUGGAGAGGUGUUCCCUGUAAAAGUACGCAGCAGCGCAACCGGCGCGGCUGGUAUGAUUGCCUACAUCAUGGCGUCGAUCGCGAAUAAAACCUUUCUCUACAUGGAGAACAGCAUGUCGCUACCCGGGGCGAUUUUCUUCUACUCUAUGAUCAAUCUUGUUGGUUUGUGUCUACUAUACGUGAUAUUACCCGAGACCGAGGGUAGGACUUUGCAAGAAAUCGAGGAGCAUUAUGCCGGUAUACAGAACUUGAAGGAUCGACCAAGGAAGGAGCAAAAGACCACCAAGGAAAAAUGGGCAGUCGAGAAUCCAGCUAUCGUACACGAUGAGAGUACUGAAAGUAAAUUAUAGGAAAAUCGGCUAGCAACUCUUUCGAAUUAAACUACAUUAUUAAAUAUCUAUAUUAGCACUUUAAAAUAAAAUUAUCUCGAAAAAAAUAUAUUCAAUACGCAAAAAACGUUACGGUUACCAUAACAAAAAUUAUUAGAUUUUUCGUCCAUUAAUACAAUUUGGUUGUAAAAAUUAUAUAGUACGGUAUAACUAUAGUAUGGUUGUGAACCGUAAAAUAGAAUAUCUUAACAGUUUAUAGCCUGGUUUUUCAUUAUUUUCAUUAUGGUAACUUAUAAUAUUUUAUCCAAUAAGCUUCAUCUAUGACGAUGUCAUGAAUGAAGUCGAUUGAGUGAAACAUCAGGUUAAGCUUAACCACAAGUGAACCAGAUAAUGAAUAAUCGGACCUACAGCUCAACCAUACUAUGGUUCUUACAAUCAAAUCGUAUUGAUGGGCGAAAAAUAUCAUUAUUUUCAAUCUUGGCAAUCAUAAUAUUUUUUCGUAUUAUUUGUUUUAUUAUACUUUAAAUUAUGUAGAAGGGAAUUACGCAGUUUUCUUCUACGUACAUCUAUGAUGCUUGCAAAACGUAAUUAUACAUAUUUUUUUAGGGACUAUAUAAUUGCGGAUAAUAUUUAAAUUUGAUCAAUAUACGUAUGUAUAAUUCUGGUUAUAGUAUGGACUUAAGUAUAUAAUUGUUGCGGUUUACUUUGCUACUUAAUGCAAAUUACACGUUAGACGAGAAAAAGUUGCUUCGUGAA